CUCGGACCGGAAGGAGUUGCCGGCCCUUCCGGCGUCCGGCGGCCCUGCGGUUGCCUCAGUGAUGUCGUGGGUUCAAGCUGCUGCUUUGGUCCAAGGUCCUGAAGAGGAGAGGGAAGUGUUUGACGAGGAAGCUGAUGAGUCGCUCCUGGUGCAGCGGGAAUGGCGGAGCCACAUGCAGAGACGAGUCAAAGAAGGCUACAGAGAUGGAAUAGAUGCUGGCAAAGCAGUUACUCUUCAACAAGGCUUCAAUCAAGGUUAUAAGGAAGGUGCAGAAGUCAUCAUAAACUAUGGACAACUUAGAGGAACAUUGAGUGCUUUGCUCUCCUGGUGUCACCUUCAUGAUAAUAGUUCGGCUUUGAUCAGUAAAAUAAAUAAUCUUCUGGAUGCAGUUGGCCAGUGUGAAGAGUAUGUGCUCAGACAUCUGAAAUCAAUCACUUCACAGCCACAUGUUGUAGAUUUAUUGGACUCCCUUCAGGAUAUGGACCUUUGUCAUGUAGCUCCAGCUGAGGAAAAGAUUGAUGAAGCUAAAGAUGAAAGAUUCUGUGAAAAUGAUGCUGAGUUUAACAAAAACUGUAGUAAGAAUCUUAGUCAGGUAGAUUGUUCAUCUUUAGAAUGUUGUAGAGCCCAGGAGCAUGCAUGCCCUGAAAACCCAAGCCUCACUUGGAUUUUAGAACAGACAGCCAGUUUGGUAAAACAGCUGGGAGUAUCAGUAGACAUAUUACAACACCUCAAACAACUGUAAAAAUUACCUUUACUUUAAUAAUGGAAGCAAUGUUCAGAACAUUCUUAGAACAUUUUGUUUCUGAACAAGCUAACCAAAAUUUGCACUGGUUUCUACACUUCACUUGUAAGGGUAUCCCUUCAUGUAAUGUUGAAACAUCUUCAAAAUUAAUACUAUUAAAGCUAAUAUAAUCCUU